AUGACGCUGGACGGCUCACGGACAUCUAAAGGGUCACACCAGGUCACUGGUGCCAGGCAGGUCACGCGAGGUCACGACAGGUCACCGGACAGUUCACUACAGCUAGCCUGUGGGCAUCAGAAGCUUGUGUCUAGCAAGUAUAUGUUCAGCAAGUCUGUCCAGCAAGUCUGUGUCCAGCAAUCUGUGUCCAGCAAGUCUGUGUCCAGCAAGUCUGUGUCCAGCAAGUCUGUGUCCAGCAAGUCUGUGUCCAGCAAGUCUGUGUCCAGCAAGUCUGUGUCCAGCAAGUCUGUGUCCAGCAAGUCGGUGCCCAGCAAGUCUGUGUCCAGCAAGUCUGUGUCCAGCAAGUCUGUGUCCAGUGUCCACAAGUCUGUGUCCAGCAAGUCUGUGUCCAGCAAGUCUGUGUCCAGCAACUCUGUGUCCAGCAAGUCUGUGUCCAGCAAGUCUGUGUCCAGCAAGUCUGUGUCCACAAGUCUGUGUCCAGUGCCUAACAAGUCUGUGUCCAGCAAGUCUGUGUCCAGCAAGUCUGUGUCCAGCAAGUCUGUGUCCAGCAACUCUGUGUCCAGCAAGUCUGUGUCCAGCAAGUCUGUGUCCAGCAACAAGUCUGUGUCCAGUGUCCAGCAAGUCUGUGUCCAGCAAGUCUGUGUCCAACAAGUCUGUGUCCAACAAGUCUGUGUCCAGCAAGUCUGUGUCCAGUGUCCAGCAAGUCUGUGUCCAGCAAGUCUUUGUCCAACAAGUCUGUGUCUAGCAAGUCUGUGUCCAGCAAGUCUGUGUCCAGCAAGUCUGUGUCCAGUGUCCAGCAAGUCUGUGUCCAGCAAGUCUGUGUCCAGCAAGUCUGUGUCCAGCAACUCUUUGUCCAGCAACUCUUUGUCCAGCAACUCUUUGUCCAGCAACUCUUUGUCCCUCAACUCUUUGUCCCUCAACUCUUUGUCCAGCAACUCUGUGUCCAGCAAGUCUGUGUCCAGCAAGUCUGUGUCCAGCAAGUCUGUGUCCAGCAAGUCUGUGUCCAGUGUCCAGCAAGUCUGUGUCCAGCAAGUCUGUGUCCAGCAACUCUUUGUCCAGCAACUCUUUGUCCAGCAACUCUGUGUCCAGCAAGUCUGUGUCCAGCAAAUGUAUGACCAUUGUGUCCAGCAAGUAUGUGUCCGGUGUGUCCAGUGA